GGAGGGCGGGCCCGGGGAAAAGUAUACUAGAAGCCGCCGAGCCACCGCCCAGCUCUAACAGCUAGCGGAGCAGCAGGAGGAGCACUAACAAGGCGAGAAGCACAGAGAGCACUAACCAGGAAAAUGGCAGACAGCUUUUCCCUUAAUGAUGCCUUAGCUGGCUCUGGAAACCCAAACCCUCAAGGAUAUCCGGGUGCAUGGGGGAACCAGCCUGGGGCAGGGGGCUACCCAGGGGCCUCCUAUCCUGGGGCCUACCCGGGACAAGCUCCUCCAGGGGCCUACCCAGGACAGGCUCCUCCAGGGGCCUACCCAGGACAGGCUCCUCCAGGGGCUUAUCCUGGACAGGCUCCUCCUAGUGCCUACCCGGGUGGCCCAACUGCUCCUGGAGCUUAUCCUGGCCCAACUGCCCCUGGAGCCUUCCCAGGGCAACCUGGGGGACCUGGGGCCUACCCCAGUGCGCCUGGAGCCUAUCCUGCUGCUGGACCCUAUGGUGCCCCCACUGGACCACUGACAGUGCCCUACGAUCUGCCCUUGCCUGGAGGAGUCAUGCCUCGCAUGCUGAUCACAAUCAUGGGCACAGUGAAACCCAACGCAAACAGUCUUACUCUGAAUUUCAAGAGAGGGAAUGACAUCGCCUUCCACUUUAACCCCCGCUUCAAUGAGAACAACAAAAGAGUCAUUGUGUGUAACACAAAGCAGGACAAUAACUGGGGAAGGGAAGAAAGACAGUCAGUUUUCCCCUUUGAGAGCGGCAAACCAUUCAAAAUACAAGUCCUGGUUGAAGCUGACCACUUCAAGGUCGCGGUCAAC